GUGACAAAAUCCAUGGUGGCCAUAAUUUAUCAAUCAAUAGCGACUCCCAACGAUCCAAGAAGAAAGGAACUGGAACAAAUGAACAAGCUAAAGAUAUUUAUCGACCAGAAAGCAAGGGAACAAGUCCGAGGCGAAGUCAACUUUGGGCUGGGCUUUUUAUUGGUCCAAAUCCUCGCAGCUAUGAGGCUCACCUUUUGGGAGCUGAGUUGGGACGUGAUGGAGCCCAUAUGCUUCUUCGCGACCUCGAUCCAUUUUAUUUUGGGGUACGCCUUCUUUAGUAGGACACUCAUGGAGCCCACUUUCCAAGGCUUCUUUCAACGCCGUUUUGUGGCCAAGCAAAAGCGGCUGAUGGAGAUCCACAGCUUCGAUGUGGAAAGGUACACCCAACUUCGAAAGGCCUUUUACCCAACGCCGACAGAUCAUCAUUAUCAUCAUGAUUGCCCUUUGCCGUUUCAUCAUCAAGAAGGGGCUUUUCUCGGCGCCGUUAAUCAGAAAGGGUUGUCGUUCGAGAAAUAAGAAUUAUAUACAAGAUAGGCGCUAAAUUUUGACUAAUUAUAAAAGUACCUAGAAGAGUUUUUAUGUAGAGAUUUGUACAUUUUUUGUUGAUAGAUCAUGGAAAUAAUGGUUUGGAUCCAGUUCCAGUACCGGAUCGUUCGCUUUU